AAAGAGCUUGCUUGGCAGGUCAAGCCGAGCACCGAGGCCCUCCCCACAGAUUCGGAUUGCCGAGGUGCUGGCCAUUGAGUAUUUACAUGUGCCCAAGUCCCACCUGCCCCAGAAAACAUCACCAAACUCAGUAUACCAGCUCUUUCACACAAACAAAGACUCACAUAGACAAAGAUGGCCGCCGAAAGACUAGGUUCAGUGCUCCGUCACAUGACUCCCGGCAAGAGCCCCCUCGACACAAUCACUCAAAAGAACCCCGAUGACAUUGUCAUCACCUUGGCUAUCCGCACACCGUUGACCAAGGCCGGCAAGGGAGGCUUCAAGGACACCCAUCUCGAUGGCCUCGUCUUCAAGCUGCUCGAGCAGGUCGUCAAAAGAUCAAGACUUGACCCUCAGAUGGUAGAGGAUAUCUGCCUGGGCAACGUCUCGGACGCCAAAGCCGCAUACUACGUUCGCGCCGCCUGUCUUGCCGCCGGCUUCCCCAACACCACCUCCGCAUACUCGACCAACCGCUUCUGCAGUUCCGGUCUCAAGGCCACACAAGACAUCGCCAAUCAGAUCAUGGCCGGUGCCAUCGAGAUUGGUGUCGCCAUCGGUGCCGAGUCCAUGUCUGACGGUGGUGACCGUCUCACCCGCCCCUUCGUCGACGAGAUUGUCAACGCCAACCAAGAUGCCGCAGACUGCCUGCAGCCCAUGGGUCAGACGUCAGAGAACGUUGGCAAGGACUUUGACAUUUCGCGUCAAGAGCAGGACAAAUACGCCGCCGAGUCAUACUGCCGUGCUGAGCAUGCUCAGAAGUCUGGUUGGUUCGACGACGAGAUUGUUCCCAUCACCGUCAACGUCAAGGAUCCCAAGACUGGCGAGCUCAAGGAAGUCAAGUUGACCAGAGACGAGGGUCCCCGCUACGGUACUACCGCCGAGUCUCUCGGCAAGAUUCGUCCCGCUUUCCCCGACUUCGGUAACCGCAGCACUGGUGGAAACAGCAGUCAAGUCACCGAUGGUGCCGCUGCCGUCCUCCUGAUGAAGCGUUCCAAGGCCAUGGAGCUCAACCAACCCAUCCUUGCCAAGUUCGUUGGCGCCACCGUUGCUGGUCUCGCUCCCAGAAUCAUGGGUAUCGGUCCCUCAGUCGCCAUCCCCAAGCUUCUCUCAAAGUACCAACUCUCCCUCGAUGACAUUGAUGUCAUUGAGCUCAACGAGGCCUUUGCUUCCAUGGCUGUAUACUGCCGCGACACACUCAAGAUUGACUGGAGCAAGAUGAACAUCCGUGGUGGUGCUAUUGCUCUUGGUCACCCUCUUGGUGCCACUGGUGCGAGACAAAUCGUUACUGGUCUGAGUGAGUGCAGGAGGCAAAAGAAGAAGAUUCUGCUCACAAGUAUGUGUAUUGGUACCGGUAUGGGUAUGGCUGGUCUGUUUGUCAACGAGCAGCUGUAAAU